AUGCCCCCGUCUGAAGACUGUCCAUCGCCCUCCCGUAGGAUGUCGCAAGCGAAUCCUCCACCGACCUUGCACGUCCGGGUGCCGUCCCAAGCUGCAAAUCCAAUGGACAGCGAUGGAGAUUAUUAUAAAAGCCCCAACGGCAUCGACCACUCCCAUCUUGCCGUUCCCGAUUCUGGCGCCCUCAGCCCUGCCUCUUCUGGCCAUGGCGACAGGGAGGCAGCCAACAGGCUAAACGACGAUCUCGAGCUGAUGCGUGCUGAGCGCAUGGUGUCCAGGCAAGCACGGGAAGACGAAUCGAGACGGUCCAGAUCCAGGAACAGGAGCACUGAGAACCUUGAGGACGUCUUUGAUACAGUUGCCGGUGCCGGUGCAACGCCUACCCCUGCCGUUACUACGGUAGCAAAAACGACAUGGCUUACCCGGACGUGGGCUCGACUGAGAAAAUUCCCACGAGUGCUGCGCUACGUCGUCUACUCGAUCCCUCCAGCCAUUCUUAUCCUCAUCCCCAUCUUCCUGGAUAUUUUCGCAUACAACAGGCACCAGGAUGUCGGUGAAGACCGAGGAGUCAGGCUCCUCUGGUUCGGCAUCUGGUUGGAAGUUGUUUGGCUCAGUCUAUGGGGAACAAGAGUCAUCACCUGUGCCAUGCCCUAUGUGGUAGCAUGGAUCGCCGACACGUUGGGGUCCAGCAACCAUAAGAAGUGGAGGGACAUCGGACGUCAGCUCGAGUUCCCUACCGCGUGUUUUAUCUGGUUGCUCGUUGUUGUGGUGACCUACAAUCCGAUCCUCAAGGACCACCGAAUCGAUCAGGGCGAAGAUGCCCGUGACAAGGAUUCUGCCUGGAUCUCCAUCGUUUACAAGAUCAUUCUCGCCUUCUUCAUCCUCGCGACAUUGAAUUUUGCCGAGAAGAUCUUGAUCCAGUGGAUUGCCUCCUCGUUUCACCGCCGGACUUAUUCCCUUCGCAUCCAGGAAAAUGUCAUGCAGGUCGAGUGUCUCGUCGCUCUGUACACAUACGCCAAAACUUGUCUCGAGGCGCAGGAUCCGGUCUGGAACCAAACCUCGGUUGAAGGCGAUUCGUCCGGGAUGCGUACCCCGAUGAGAGCCAUGAAGACGAAUGCGCGGCAAGCUUGGAACAAGGUUGGAAACGCCGCCAACCGGUUUGCGGGCGACAUCACAGGCAGGCGCAUUCUGAAAGGAAACCAUCCCCGCAAGGUCGUCAUGGAGCUGCUUCGUUCGACCAACUCGAGUUAUACCCUGGCACGCGUCUUCUACCGUACUUUUGUCCGGCCUGGCAGAGACACCAUUACACUGGAAGACAUCCUGCCCGCUUUUCCCAAUCAGGAGGAAGCCGAGGCCUGCUUUGCUAUAUUCGACAAGGACUUCAAUGGCGAUAUCUCCAUGGAAGAAUUGGAGAUGGUCUGCAGCGAGAUCCACCUGGAGAAGAAGGCCAUUGCUGCGUCGUUGAAGGAUCUUGAUUCGGUUAUCAAGAAACUUGACAAGGUCUUUAUGUUCAUCAUUAUCGUGAUUGUCAUCAUCGUUUUUAUCAGCAUUAUCUCCAACUCGGCUGCUGCUGCGCUGACCUCAACGGGCACCGUUAUUCUGGGUCUGUCUUGGUUGCUACAGGCAACAGCACAGGAAUUCCUCCAGUCCAUCCUCUUCGUCUUUGUCAAGCACCCCUUUGACGUCGGUGACCGUGUCACCAUCUACGGUAACACCGGCUCCCUGAUGCGCGGUGACGACUACUACGUCCUCGAAGUUUCACUCCUUUACACCGAAUUCAAGAAAAUGGAAGGCCACGUCGUGCAAGCGCCCAACUCGAUCCUCAACACGCUGUUCAUCCUCAAUCAGCGCCGCAGUCAAGGUCUGGCCGACCCCGUCAACCUCACCCUCCGCUUCGGUACCACGGAAGCGCAGAUCGAGGAGCUGAAAGACCGCAUGCUCGACUUCUGCAUCAAGAACCAGCGCGAUUACGCUCCGCGCAUCAUCUCGGAAGUGAGGACCAUCGAUGAGGUCUACUCCAUCAACAUGAACAUCAUCUUCUUCCACAAGAGCAACUUCCAAAACGAGCUGUUGAGGCUUACGAGGCACAACAAGUUCGCCGUCGAGCUGAUGCACCAGAUGGACGACAUGGGCAUCCAGGGCCCGCGCCUCAUGGCGCCUGGUGGAAGGCAGAAUAUGCCUAUGUAUUGGUCUCAAGUUCCCGGUGGCGAUUCUCAGCCUGGCCAACCCGGUCAAAACGGACCGCAACAAUUCCAACAACCACCACUACACCAAUUCUCCCCACCACCUCCCUCCUCUUCUCCCUCUGAUUUCCUGCGCAGGCGUCACCGCGCUGACAGCCGCGCAACGGUUGUCGAAUCAGGCGUCGACUUCCAAGACGUGUACAUGAAUCGACGACCUGAACCGCUAGGGACGCAUGGCAUCCAUCGUUUGGCGUCGAUCAGGCAGCGUGACGAGGAGGAAGAUGAGGAUGAUCACGAUGAGAAAGCGAGUCACCGCCACAACGACAUGGCAUCGGAACUAGAUCAGAGGCUGGACAAGACGUCUAGUAGGGGCACUAGGGGAGAUGAUAUUAGCGCCGCUGGCAGACCUAGUCGCGAUGGAAGCAUGACUGCGUCUGUGAGGAGGGGGAGAGUGACAAUGGGAAGUAUGUUCGGACGGGGGAGGUCAAGAAGUGUGGUGGCGAAUAGUCAGCCGCCGGGAGGGAAUCAGGUUUGAUGAGUGAUGAUCGAUGAGACGAAUGCCAUGACGAUGACACCACGGUUUACUAGAACCGAACCGUCUAUGAAUAUGGGACAGGGCUGUUGAUGGGAAAUAAUGAAUCAGGAUUUGGGUAAGGAUGAUGUCUUGUGGUUAUCUGUCGGAUAUGAAUGACUACCUGCUAUCAUCAACAACGACAUUAGAGUCUAGAGUUAGACAGAUGCGAGCGAGAGGGCCAAGAGGAGAUGUAUGACAGAUCCCGGGUGUUUU